AUGAGCAUUAUCGCAAGAUCUCGGUGGCUCGGAUGUAGAAUUUGGAGGUUGCUAACUUUCCGGACAUUUCUGAUCCUUACAUUUUGUUGCAUUGUUCUUGAAAUUACUCGCGGUUUGCCCACUUAUAGGCAGGUGGCACAGAAAGAUGAGGUACGUCCAGAACAUUCCCGAAAUUUCGAUGGCAAAGAAAUAAUGCAAAGUUCAUCAAAGACAACAAAGGAUUUGCAGAAAUUAAAAUGGAAUGUAGAUCAGAAGUCUGAACGGAAAACAUCAGGAUGGUAUAAGCCAUUGGGAUCAUCGCAAUCAAUAAAAAUACAUGAUCGAUAUCAAGCACAAAGCAGCAAAGCUUCUUACGAUCAAUCAUUUUACCCAAACAGGAUAAUUCAUUUUGAUUUGAAAGGUGCUGCACCGAAAAUAUCAUAUUUGAAAGAAGUAUUAAAGCUUAUAAAAGCGAACGGUGCCACAGGAAUUUUGCUGGAAUGGGAGGAUACAUUCCCAUUUAGCGGUAUUUUAGCAGAGAAUCGUAAUAGUGAUGCUUACACUGUGGAAGAAGUUCGUGACCUUUUGAAAACAGCCAAAUCACUCAAACUUGAUGUUAUACCGCUUGUACCAACUUUUGGACAUUUAGAAUGGAUUCUUAAAGUGGAAAAAUUCAGGCAAUACCGACAAAACGACAUGUUCCCACAGGUCAUUUGUUUAACAGAUGAUGAUGGUGUUUCAAUAGUUUUGGAAGCCAUACGUCAGGUUGUCGAAUCCCAUUUACCAUUUGGAAUGACAUAUUUUCACAUUGGUGCUGAUGAGGCUUUUCAGUUCGGUGAAUGUUCGAAAGAUCGUCGGUGGUUAGUAGAAAAUCAAGACAAAGGCAAAGAUGAUCUUGCAGCAAUGCAUUUAGCCAAAAUCGCAAAUUACGUCAAAAAGCUAAUUCCAGAUGUUAGAGUGCUGGCAUGGUACGACAUGAUUAAGUCAUUUGAAUCCUCAUUGGUAAAGCUAUAUCGUCUAGAUCAGCUCUUAGAAGUUGUGGUUUGGGAUUAUUCCGAAACGUUGCAGCAACAAAAUGAGUUCACAUGGAAUUCCUUGGCUGCAAAAUUUCAAAUAGUUUGGGGCUCAUCUGCUUUCAAAGGAGCCAAUGAACCAUCGUCGGCAUUUUUGGAUUUGAAGCAUUAUUUUAGAAAUAAUAAGGCAUGGAUUACCCAUCGAAGAAUGUAUGGCACACUAUUUCGUACAUUCCGGGGUUUGAUCAUAACCGGUUGGCAACGAUAUGAUCACUUCGCCGUACUAUGCGAACUUCUUCCAGUUGGACUUCCAUCGGCUGUCUUAAAUCUUCUUGUAGCAAAAGCAGGUGAUAAAUUUUCUACUCAAUGGAUAAUUAAUGCUACCACUGUUGCAUUGAAUUGUACCUCAAAGAUCUCUCUGGAAUAUAUGCAUUCGUUUGAUUCUUGCGACUUCCCAGGUGUUGAAUUAUUCAACGUUAUUCAUUCUUUGCAUAAUCGUAUCGAAAUGAUCAAAAACGAAGUUUUUGAUAGUCACCAGGUAAAAGGUUGGCUCAGUCGAUUCAAUGUGCGUCAUGAAUAUACCCAGCUGUGGUACCUGGUGCCUUUGCAAAGUAUCAUCGAAAGGCAUAUCAGUGAAUUGCUCGAUAUGACUAAAACGAUCCAGUCUUUGAUGCAGCCAAUCUUUCGGAAAAGUACAAUCGAUGAAUGGCUAUAUGAAUAUGUUGAUCCGAUUAGAGAACAACUGAUAGAACUACUGCAAAAAAUCUCUCAACUUAAAAUGCGGCGAAUAUUCACAGUUAGAAAUUUUGAUAUCAGGAGGGAACAGGUGUUCGAUGCGUCGUAAUUUCAUCGUUCUCAUUUUCGUUUCUUGUUUCCUCGCAAAUGUUUUCUUGCUCUUUUUCUUAAUACAUGAAAAGACUAUCUGUAACAUUUUUGAAGUAAAUAUUAAUGCUAUCCGGAAAAUAUAUAUGAUGAUCUGUAAAGGAUUCCUUGUUCUCGAUUGUUCUAAGAUUCAUGGUCGAAAGUUAUUCCUGUUCACCAUUGUUUUAGUCUAGUGAAUUCAGUAUCUGGAUGAAUACGGGUCAUAGCCCCAAGCAAGGCCUGAUAUUUUAAUGAUUUUCUUUUCUCUUUUCAAUUUCCAUUUGCUAUUUUGUCAUGAAGCGGCUUUCAAUCUUAUCACUCGGGUAUUUGCUUAUCAAACAAUUUCAAGCCUUAUUAUAAUUGUUGUUUUUA